AUGGCAAAAAAGGUAAUGCAGGAGAAAGGUGUAGAAAAUACUAAGUAUGGAGAAACCAGGGUCCCUAAACAUUUCUUGGAGAAUAACCAUCAAAUAUGUGACUUAAAAUGGAUGGUGCUGGAGGAAAUCAACAUACAGGAGAACAACAGGACGGAGGUCACAGAGUUCCUUCUCUUAGGAUUUCAGGUCAGUCGAGGGUUAAGACUUUUCCUGUUCUGUCUGUUCCUUGUGGUUUAUUGUUUGAUAAUAUGUUGGAAUCUCCUGAUCAUCACCCUGGUGUCCACCAGCAGGAACCUCCACACCCCAAUGUACUUCUUCAUCUCAAAUCUGUCCAUCAGUGACAUCUUGUUAUCGACAGAUAUUGUCCCCAACCUUCUCCACAUCCUACUGAAUAAUGGGGGGACCAUGACUUUUAUUGGCUGUAUGGCUCAGUUUUAUUUUUUCAGCGCCUCAGAAGGAUUUGAAUGUUUCCUCCUCACAGUGAUGUCUUAUGACAGAUAUGUGGCCAUCUGUAAUCCUCUUCGUUACUCCUCUAUCAUGACAAGUGGACAUUGUGUUAUACUUACCGUCAUCUGUUGGUUGUCUGGAUUUAUUAUUAUUUUGACUUACACUGUAACAAUAGCAACGCUAAACUUUUGUGGUUCUAAUAUCAUUGACCAUGUAUUCUGUGACUUUGUUCCUUUACUAGAACUUUCCUGUUCCAACACAUUCAUUGUUCACUUGGAGACCUAUAUCAUAAGUAUUCCAACAAUCCUCAUUCCAACCAUAAUCAUUGUUGUGUCUUAUACUUAUAUUAUUUUAUCAAUCCUAAGGAUCUCAUCCAGUAUUGAUAGACAGAAAGCCUUCUCCACCUGUAGCUCCCACCUUAUUGUGGUCUCCAUAUUUUACUGGACUAUAUUCAUUGUUUAUGUUGUCCCAAGAAAAGGACACACAAUGACCAUGAGUAAAAUCCUCUCCCUGCUAUAUACUGUGUUUACUCCUUUGGUCAACCCUAUUAUAUACAGUCUGAGGAAUAAAGACAUUAAGAAAGCCGUAAAGGAAAUACUUCAUAAGCGGGUGAUCUGCUUUAUGUUCAUUAAUACAAGUUUUUAUGUUCCUGGAUUUCUGACCUUUGUAGCAUUUGCCACAAGGGCAUUUUAG